AUGUCGACCCGACCAAAUUCUGGCCAGCAACUGGAGGUGCUGGAGAGCAACGAAGUCUACGAAGACUCAGAUAAAGGCUUCCAUUUCGCAGGUACUCUCGUCGUGUAUCAGAUGAAGGGGAAUUUGUACCACGCAAUGCUAAAAGCUCGUUACUCUUCCCCUUCAAAUAUCAAUACAGAGGAUUUUAUGAACAUCAUCCAAAUUCCUAGCUCGGCCUACAAUCCAAAAUUUUCUGUCGAGUUUACGCCAGCGCCUCAAUCCCUGCCCAACAAUUACUUUGUCAAAAAGCCUCAACUGAUCAGUUACGAUCGAAUCAGUCAAGGGCCUCGGCCUGAUUCCAUUGCAGAGGACCUCCUCAAGGAAGCAAGAUUUUACGAACUCUUAAAGCAGCGCCCACAUCCGAAUAUCGCUAAAUAUCUCGGUUGCCAGGUUUCUGACGGCACAAUCACGGGUCUUUGCCUUGAGAGAUACCCCCACACGCUGAUGGAAGAGGUCAACCCACGCGGCCUCAUGAAGAGAAAACUGAGAAGCACGCGGCAAGCGACGGAGGACUAUAGUUCUGUUCUCACAGACAUCGAGAGCGGGAUCAGGCAUCUUCAUUCGCUUGGGUGGGUUCAUAACGACAUCAAUCCAAGCAACAUAAUGAUUGAAAAUCAUCGGGCAAUCAUCAUCGAUUUUGGUUCUUGCCGGAGGUUAGGAGAUAGCCUAGAAGAUGUCGGCCGUACUUACGAAUGGUACGAUGAGAAGGUACAGCAUUCUCUUUUCGAGAAUGACCUAAAUGCCUUAGAGGAGAUUCGCAUCUGGCUUGGUAUCAGUUCACGAGCAUUCCAGUUUGGUGCCUAG